GACAUUUAUCAAAUUUGACUCCCGCUCAUUUUUUUUUUAAAUUGACAUUGGUUCGCUCAACGUUUUGACAUUUGAAAUGCGAACGCACCCUUACGAUAGUUGACUGUUGAAUGAUUGUCAACAAUUGCAUACUGUCAGCAGCAAUGAAAGCAAUGGUAUCCAGUUCAAUUGUCGCUUAUCAACUCGAUUGCAAAUCAUAAUGUUUCCGUGUCGUGAUAAAUGAAAUUGGAAAUGGAUCUGUGCUAAAUUGUGAAGCUUACGCGGCAAUUUGAAGGGAGAUUUCGAAGCGGUCAAAUAUGAGAAUAUGCAUGGCUUCCGAUUUUUUCUACCCAAACAAUGGAGGUGUGGAAGAGCACAUUUUUAAUUUAUCACAAUGUCUUUUGAAAAAUGGACACAAAGUUAUUUUAAUUACCCAUUCGUAUGGCGACCGAAAAGGAAUUCGAUACAUGACUGGUGGACUUAAAGUUUACUAUUUGCCGAUUCACACCUUUUACAACCAAUGCAUUUUACCCACAAUGAUGUGCAACAUUCCAUUGCUGCGAUACAUUUUAAUUCGGGAACAAAUCGAAAUCGUCCACGGUCAUUCGGCCUUCAGUGCUCUGGCCCAUGAAGUUAUGUUUGUAGGAAAACUGAUGGGAUUGAGAAUGGUCUUCACUGAUCACAGUCUCUUCGGUUUUGCUGAUUUGUCCGCUGUAGUUACCAAUAAAUUACUUGAAAUCACAUUAUCCACUGUCAAUCACUGCAUUUGUGUGUCCCAUACGGGGAAAGAAAAUACGGUACUUCGAGCUAAAGUUUCAAAAGAAAAAGUUUCUGUUAUUCCAAAUGCCGUUGACACUGCCUUCUUCACGCCAGAUCCAACGAAGAGAUCAAACGAUAUCAAUCAAGUUACCAUAGUGAUAGUUUCACGUCUUGUGUAUCGAAAGGGUGUUGAUCUAAUGGCCGGAGUCAUAUCCAGAUUGGCAAAUAGGAAGGAUGUAAAUUUUAUUAUUGCGGGCGAUGGCCCGAAGCGAACGGCCUUGGAAGAAGUUCGCGAAAAGCAUAAUAUUCAAGAUAGAGUUACAUUGCUCGGUGCUAUGGAGCACUCUAAGGUUCGUGAGGUACUUCGAAGUGGUCAUAUUUUUUUGAAUACAUCACUAACCGAAGCCUAUUGCAUGGCAAUCGUCGAAGCGGCAUCAUGUGGAUUGCAAGUAGUGUCAACGAAAGUUGGUGGCAUUCCCGAAGUUCUUCCACCAGAUUUGAUUCAUCUCACCGAAGCCACAGUAGAUGCAUUGUAUAAGGGAUUACUAAUGGCUAUCCAAAAAUUGCAAAAUGAAAGAAAAAAUGUUGAAACUUGUUGUAAAAAUCACUCGGCCAAUAAUGGUACUCACCAUGAAGGGACAAACAACAUGAAAAAAUGUGAAAAGAAUGGAAUUGGUGAACCGCAAGCGAAAAAAAGAGUUCUUUGUCCGUACGAAUGUAACGAAAUUUUGCGAGAUUUGUAUAAUUGGAAUGAUAUAACUGAGCGUACAGAACGCGUUUACAAAAGAGUAUUGAAAGAGAAGGAUCCACAAUUUGGAGCCAAACUAAAUUGUUAUCUAAGUGCAUGUAUUCCGUUCGUCCUAGUCGUUUCGUUUUCGUAUUUGUUUUUAAAAAUUUUAGAUAUAAUCGAACCAAGGAGAAGCAUUGAUUUAGCUAUUGAAUCACACAGUAACACUCAUUGUCAACGUAAAAGAAAGAAGCAUGUAUAAAUUUUACAAAAAAAAAUAAAACAAAAAUCUUCUGUCUUCAGAAUGUUAAUUAGUGUAAAUUUUAUUAGUUAAACGAAUUUUUUUGUCACAUAUUUUGUAAAUAAAACUGAUUUUUUGGAAUUGCGUUUUAUGCUUUCCUCAGAUUU